CAUCCAUGGAGUCCAUGAGCUGAACUCUCUCUCUCUCUCUCUCUGCUGCAAUGGCUGGAAAACACCCCUGUUCCAAAAACCCUAGAUCUCCCUUUCUUUCCUUCCGAACUCCGGCCACGUCAGUAGCUCUCCUCUCCAUCCUCUCUCUCCUGGCGUUCUUAUUCUACUACUCUUCCUCUCACCAUCAAAACCCCAACACCUCUCUCUCUUUCUUCCAAAACACCAACCCUAACAUCCGUGACACGUCCUUCGUCGUCUCCCUCGAGAAGUUCCUCCACAAAUCCAGGCCGUCCGAUCAUGUCGACAGCAGCGGCCAUGACGGAGGAGUGGAAGCCGCUGCGACGGAUCUCGACGAUCGGAUCUGGCGGGGGGAAAUGGAGAGGAUGUACAAGGACCCGGACGGUUCGUUGGUGCCGGUUGUGAGGGUUUACGUCUACAAUAUGCCGUCAAAAUUCACAUACGAUCUGCUGUGGCUGUUUAGGAAUACGUAUAAGGAGACUGUUAAUCUGACAUCAAAUGGUAGCCCUGUCCAUCGUCUGAUAGAACAGCAUUCUGUCGAUUACUGGCUAUGGGCGGAUUUGAUUGCACCAGAAUCAGAGAGACUCUUGAAAAAUGUUAUACGGGUCCAUCGGCAAGAGGAGGCGGAUUUGUUCUACAUCCCGUUCUUCACUACCAUCAGCUUCUUCUUGUUGGAGAAACAGCAGUGCAAGGCACUUUACAGGGAAGCUCUGAAGUGGGUGACAGAUCAGCCUGCCUGGCAGAGAUCUGAAGGAAGGGACCAUAUACUUCCUGUUCACCAUCCUUGGUCUUUCAAGUCUGUUCGCAGAUUCAUGAAAACAGCUAUUUGGCUUCUACCUGAUAUGGACUCCACUGGGAACUGGUACAAACCUGGGCAAGUCUGGCUAGAAAAGGAUCUUAUUCUUCCUUAUGUUCCAAAUGUUGAAGUUUGUGACGCCAAAUGCUUAUCAGAAAAUGAAUCUCAGAGAAGGACAUUGCUAUUCUUUCGAGGGAGACUUAAACGGAAUGCUGGAGGAAAGAUUCGUGGCAAACUUGGGGCAGAACUACAGGGUACUGCGGGUGUUGUUGUAGAAGAGGGAAGUGCUGGAGAGGCUGGGAGAGAAGCAUCUCAGAAGGGCAUGCACAAAUCCAUCUUUUGUCUAAGCCCUGCAGGAGAUACUCCAUCAUCUGCUAGGCUUUUUGAUGCCAUCGUCAGCGGGUGUAUUCCUGUUAUAGUUAGUGAUGAACUAGAGCUGCCUUUUGAAGGCAUACUUGAUUAUCGGAAGAUGGCUUUGUUUGUUUCUUCAAGUGAUGCUAUACAACCUGGCUGGCUUAUCACAUUCCUCAAGAGCAUCAGCCCCAUGCAAAUUAAAGAAAUGCGUGUCAACCUUGCCAAGUACUCGAGGCAUUUCAUAUAUUCAAGCCCGGCGCAACCUUUGGGUCCAGAGGAUUUAACUUGGAGAAUGAUUGCUGGUAAAUUGUUGAACAUCAAACUGCAUAUCCGUCGGUCACAGCGCAUGGUAAAGGAAUCAAGGACCUUGUGCACAUGUGACUGUAAACGCGCCAACACCACCAACAUACCAUGAUGAUCUAUCAACUCCAUCUUGUAUGCGUGUAUGUAAGCAAUUCUUUUUCUUUAUUCAGUAGGGAUCUUAUAAAUACCAUUGAUUGAUUGUUAUCGCUCUCCCAGUGUCUAUUAUUAAGGAAAAAGAGAGGGAAAAUGUCGGUGAAGAAACUAUAUAAACUGUAUUGCAGCAAGAUGAAAUGGUCGUGGUCAAGGUUUUUGUCAGAA